GACUCCCAAGCAGCUCGGCCCCUCGCCGAAGAAGCUAGUCCAUUGUUUCGCCGUCUCAGGGGAGGUCGUGUGGACGGUGAGCACCCAGCGAUUCGUAUUCUAAUAGUUCUACCCGGGUGUAUGUAGUAAUGCACAAGACAAACUGAUUAAGAACCUUUUAGAAAAACACUGGAAAACACACAAAGAAAAGUAGAAAACUGCAAUGUUUUAUCGGAGCGCGAGGCGAGCCGCCCUCUGUCGGCGCCAUCUUAACCAGGAAUACUUGGUCAUCAAAUGUCGCCCUUUUUACCUUCCGAAAGUGUUCUCAGGGAUUAUUGCCAUGGCUGUGUACAUCCUGCCCCAAUCUGACACCAAAAAGGCUCUCAAAGAUCUUCAUUGGACCCUGAACAAACUGGAGGCUGCAUUCCCGGAGGCAGUGUUCAUUGUUGCGGGGGACUUUAACAAAAGUAACUUGAGAACCGUGCUCCCAAAUUAUUACCAACACCUCGACUGUUUAACUCGCGGAAAUCCUACUCUUGACCACUGCUACACGCCUUUUUGACAUGAGUACAAGGCCCUUUCCCGUCCUCCUUUCGGCAAAUCCUGCUUCUCCCCGCCUACAAACAAAAACUCAAGAGGGAAGUUCCGUUGGUCAGGUCCGACCAAUAAUCAGAAUUCACGCUCCAAAACUGGUUUGAUCACGUGGGCUGGAAUAUGUUCCGGGUCGUCUCUGGAGAUAACAUCAAUAUAUACGCCGACGUGAUACCGAUAGUGUCUUUCAAAACGUUCCUAAUCAAAAAACGUGAAUUGAUAGCAGCCUUGUAGGAAAACUGAAAGAGAGAGCUGCUGCUUCUAAACAGGGCAAGGUGACCGGGGGAAAAUAGUUUGGUUCAACUGUAAAAAUAUGACUUACGCAGAUCGAUCAAAGAAUGGUGAAACACAAGUAUAGGGACUUAGUGGAGGAGCAAUUCAGCGGGUCGGACACAAGGCGUAUGUGGCAGGGGCUCCUAACGAUCACGGAUUACAAAAAGAAAGCCAGCCACAUUGCGGUCACCAACAGCACCCUACUAAACACCUUUUUCUCAUGAUUCGCUCACAAUGACCCUGAGCUGCCGAGGAGAGCCCCCGAUGACAAUGUGGACGAUACGCUCACAGGCUCCACUGAGGACGUACACUACCGGUCAAACGUUUUAGAACACCUACUCAUUCAAGGGUUUUUCUUUAUUUGUACUAUUUUCUACAUUGUAGAAUAAUAGUGAAGACAUCAAAACUAUGAAAUAACAGAUAUGGAAUCAUGUAGUAACCAAAAAAGUGUUAAACCAAUCAAAAUAUAUUUUAUAUUUGAGAUUCUUCAAAUAGCCACACUUUGCCUUGAUGACAGUUUUGCACACUCUUGGCAUUCUCUCAACCAGCUUCAUGAGGUAGUCACCUGGAAUGCAUUUCAAUUAACAGGUGUGCCUUCUUAAAAGUUAAUUUGUGGGAUUUCUUUCCUUCUUAAUGUGUUUGAGCCAAUCCGUUGUGUUGUGACAAGGUAUGGGGGGUAUACAGAAGAUAUCCCUAUUUGGUAAAAGACCAAGUCCAUUUUAUGGCAAGAACAGCUCAAAUAAGCAAAGAGAAAUGACAAUCCAUCAUUACUUUAAGACAUGAAGGUCAGUCAACUUUGAAAGUUUCUUUAAGUGCAGUCGCAAAAACCAUCAAGCGCUAUGAUGAACCUGGCUCUCAUGAGGACCGCCACAGGAAUUGAAGACCCAGAGUUAGCUCUGCUGCAGAGGAUAAGUUCAUUAGAGUUACCAGCCUCAGAAAUUGCAGCCCAAAUAAAUGCUUCACAGAGUUCAAGUAACAGACACAUCUCAACAUCAACUGUUCAGAGGGGACUGUGUGAAUCAGGCCUUCAUGGUCGAAUUGCUGCAAAGAAAUCACUACUAAAGGACACCAAUAAGAAGAAGAGACCUGCUUGGACCAAGAAACACGAGCAAUGGACAUUAGACCGGUGGAAAUUUGUCCUUUGGUCUGGAGUCCAAAUUGAAGAUUUUUGGUUCCAACCGCCGUGUCUUUGUGAGAUGCGGUGUGGGUGAACGGAUGAUCUCCGCAUGUGUAUUUCCUACCAUAAAGCAUGGAGGAAGAGGUGUUAUGGUGUGGGGGUGAUUUGCUGGCGACACUGUCUGUGAUUUAUUUAGAAUUCAACGCACACUUAACCAGCAUGGCUACCACAGCAUUCUGCAGCGAUACAACAUUCCAUCUGGUUUGGGCUUAGUGGGACUAUCAUUUAUUUUUCAACAGGACAAUGACCCAACACACCUCCAGGCUGUUUAAGGGCUAUUUUACCAAGAAGGAGAGUGAUGGAGUGCUGCAUCAGAUGACCUGGCCUCCACAAUCCCCCGACCUCAACCAAAUUGAGAUUGUUUGGGAUGAGUCGGACCGCAGAGUGAAGGAAAAGCAGCCAACAAGUGCUCAGCAUAUGUGGGAACUCCUUCGAGACUGUUGGAAAAGCAUUCCAGGUUAAGCUGGUUGAGAGAAUGCCAGGAGUGUGCAAAGCUGUCAACAAGGCAAAGGGUGGCUAUUUGAAGAAUCUCAAAUAUAAAAAUAUAUUUUGAUUUGUUUAAAACUUUUUUGGUUACUACAUGAUUCCAUAUGUGUUAUUUCAUAGUUUUGAUGUCUUCACUAUUAUUCUACAAUGUAGAAAAUAGUACAAAUAAAGAAAAACCCUUGAAUGAGUAGGUGUUCUAAAACUUUUGACCCCGGUAGUGUAUGUAAGUCAUUCAAAAGAGUUAACCCUCGCAAGGCUGUUAACCCAGACUCCACCGCCGCAGACCGCAAGGCACUUUAGAGGGUGAUACGUGCAGCUGAACGCACCACUGGGUGCACACUGCCUGCCCUACAGGACACCUACAACACCAGGUGUCGCAGGAAGGCCAAGAAGAUCAUCAGGGACCCCAGCCAAGCCAAGCCACGCCCUGUUCUCCCCGCUUCAGUCACUCAGACGCAGGCAGUACAGGAGCAUCAUGGUAAAAACUGGAAGACUGGCCAAUAGCUUCUACCCUCCGACCAUCAGGCUGGUGAAUAGCCACCACUAGUCAGCUACCUGCUCUCCCCUCCCCCCUGCUACUCCCCCUAGGGACAUGCCUUGGAAGGCCACUAGAAGGUCUAAAAAAAAAGAUCCCAAUGCCCCAUGGUAGUGAUUGGGGACAUUGCCCUGUGUAGGGUGCCAUCUUUUGGAUGGGACAUUACAUGGGUGUCCUGACUCUCUGUGGUCACUAAAGAUCCCAUGGCACUUAUCAUAAGAGUAGAUAGAGGUGUUAACCCUGGUGUCCUGGCAAAAUGUCCAAUCUGGCCCUCAUCAUGGCCACCUAACCAUCCCAGCCCCAAUCGGCUCAUUCAUCCCCCCCUCCUCUCCCCUGUAACUAUUCCACAGGUCGUGGCUGUAAAUGAGAAUGUGUUCUCAGUCAACUUACUGGUCAAAUAAAUAAAAAGAUAAAUAAUACAUUGAACAAAUGUCCCGUGUGGCUCAGUUGGUAGAGCAUGGCACUUGCAAUGCCAGGGUUGUCGGUUCAUUUCCCACAGGGGACCAGUACAAAUGAAAAUGUAUGCACUCACUACUGUAAGUGGCUCUGGAUAAGAGCGUCUGCUAAAUGACUAACAUGUAAAUGUGAACAUAUGACUUUGUUGCUUAUUGGCUGUGUUUUGUCUCUGUCUGUAUUCAGGUGGACCUGAUAAGACUGAGGAGGCCAAACCCUCGACCUCCCAGACUCCACCUAAAGAGGAGGAGAAACCAGACCCGUCAGAGGCACAGACGGUAGAGAGAGAAAUAGAGAGAGCGAGAAAGAAGGAAGUACUGAGAGAGGAAGAGAAAGAGAUAGAGGAGAGUUAAUUUACCCACCAGACUCUUCUCUCCCUCUCUCCCCCUCUCUCCCUCUCCCUCCCUCUCUCUCUCUCUCUCUCUCUCACCCUCUCCUCUGCUCCCUUCUCACCUCCUCUCCCCUCUCCCUCUCACCCUCUCUCUCCCUCUCUGCACCCUCUCUGCCUCCCUCUCUCUCUCUCUCACCCCUCUCCCUCUUCUCACCGUUCUCUCCCCUUCUCUCCAACCUCUCUCCCCUCUCUCACCCUCUCACCCGCUCUCACCCUCUCUCCCUCUCUCACCCUCUCUCCCUCUCUCACCCUCUCUCACCCUCUCUCACCCUCUCUCCCUCUCUCUCUCUCUUCACUAGGACCAGGGGCCAGCGGGCGCAGGGGGGUCCGACGGCUCAGACAGCAGUGAGGAGGACGAGAGCGAGGAAGAGAGCGAGGACGAGGAGGAUGAUGAAGAGGGUGAUGAGGAAGAGGGUGAAGAGGAAGAGGGUGAAGAGAAUGAGGAACCUCUGUCGUUAGAAUGGCCAGACACCAGACGUAAACAGGCCACAUAUCUCUUUCUCCUACCCAUAGUGUUCCCUCUGUGGCUCACUGUGCCCGACGUACGCAACCCGGUACGUAUGACGUACAUUUCUGUGUUGCAUUGAUGUCAUUUUUGUACUGUGUUUGUGCCCUGCAAAGUGGUGGAAAAUGUAGAACACAAAAUAUCUUAGAAUGUAUGCUGAUAUGAGCUUCCUGUGUGUUCUCUUCCUCAGGCUUCCAGAAAGUACUUUGCCUUGACGUUUAUUGGUUCCAUCACGUGGAUCGCUGUGUUCUCCUAUCUAAUGGUCUGGUGGGCACAUCAGGUAUCACUCUUGUUGGAUUUUAGAUCACAUGACUUCCAUCUUGUUUAGAAACUGUUAGUCUAGUGCUUCUUUGACUUAGGCCAGGAUUCAAUCAAGAUCAGCGAUAACCCGAGGUAACAGACAAACCCGUAGCUUAUCAUUGCUUUCGUUUAGGCGAUUUCGGAGGUGUAACUGCGUUGGAGCUGUCAAAUCAGUGAGCGGUUGCUCUUGUGGUCAUGGUCAGGAAACCACACCUGUCCUUAUAUCUCCCCCACGUUAGAAGUUCAGAAGGAGAAAGUGUAAGGCAGGUUAUAUAGAAAUAAUGACAUUGAAAAUCAUUCAACAAAAUAGCAAGUAUUUAGAUCAGCCUAAUCAAGGUGUAGAUUACAUCACACAUUUUAGUGUUUGAGCUUAACGCGGCUGCAUGGGAUUUCUACUAGUGCAUCCGAUAGGUAUAACUUUGGACGCCGCUUGUGGUUUUGACAACUCCAACGCAGUAACACAUCCGACGCCACCUACUAUAAACAAAAGCAAUGAUAAGCUAUGAGAUAAGCUAUGUCUGUUAUCGUGGGUUAACGCUGAGCUGAUUGAAUCCUGGCCUCCGUCUACCAAUUACAUUUUGAUAGAUGUAUCGACUGAUUACUAGUGCACUAGGUGGGUGGAUGAUGAUGAUUGACGUUGCUUUGAGUGUGAGAUUGAUGAUUGAUUGACGUUGGUCCUAGGUGGGUGAGAUUGAGUAUUGAUUGAUUGAUGAUUGGCUCCCUAGGUGGUGAGAUUGAUUGAUUGAUUGACUGUUGGCUCCCUAGGUGGGUGAGAUUGAUGAUUGACUGACUGUUGGCUCCCCAGGUGGGUGAGAGACUGAUUGAUUAUGUUUGCUCCUAGGUGGGUGGAGAUUUAUUGAUUGAUGUUGGACUGUGGCUCCCUAGGGUGAUGCUUGAUUGAUUGAUUGAUCAGAUUGACUGUUGGCUCCCUAGGUGGUGAAGAUGAUUGAACCAGGUGAUAUGAUAGAUUGACUUUGCUCCCUAGGGUUGAGGUGAGAUUAUUGAUUGAUUGAUUGACUGUGGCUCCCUAGGUGGGUUGUGUGAUUGAUUGAUGAUUGAACGGUUGCUCCUAGUGGGUGAGAUUUAUUGAUUGAUUGAUUGACUGUUGGCUCCCUAGUUGGGUGAGACUGAUGAUUGAUUGAUUGAUUGAGUGAUUGAUUAACUGUUGGCUCCCUAGGUGGGUGAGAUUGAUUGACUGAGUGAUGAUUGGCUCCCUAGGUGGGUGGUUGAUGAUUGAUUGAUGUAUGAUUGACUGUUGGCUCCUGGUGGGUGAGAUUGAUUGAUGAUUGAUUGACUGUUGGCCCUAGUGGGUGGGUGAGAUUGAUUGAUUGAUUGAUUGACUGUUGGCUCCUAGGUGGGUGAGAUUGAUUGAUUGAUUGAUUGCUGUUGGCUCCCUAGGUGGGUGAGAUUGAUUGAUUGAUUGAUUGACUGUUGGCUCCCUAGGUGGGUGAGAUUGAUUGAUUGAUUGAUUGACUGUUGGCUCCCUAGGUGGGUGAUGAGAUUGAUUGAUUGAUUGACUGUUGGCUCCCUAGGUGGGUGAGAUUGAUUGAUUGAUUGAUUGACUGUUGGCUCCCUAGGUGGGUGGGUGAGAUGUAUUGAUUGACUGUUGGCUCCCUAUGUGGGUGAGAUUGAUUGUUGAUUUGAUUGACUGUUGCCUCCCUAGGUGGGUGAGAUUGAUUGAGUGAUUGAUUGGACUGUUUGGCUCCCUAGGUGGGUGAGACUGAGUGAUUGAUUUGAUGUUGGCUCCCUAGGUGGGUAGAUUGAUUGAUUAUUGAUUGACUUUGGCUUCCCUAGGUGGGUGAGAUUGAUGGAGUGAUUGAUUGACUGUUGGCUCCCUAGUGGGGAACGAUUGAUUGAUUGACUGUUGGCUCCUAGGUUGGUGAGAUUGAUUGAUUGAUUUAUUGACUGUUGGCUCCCUAGGGUGGUGAUAUUUGAUGAAGUGAUGCUUGACUGUUUUGUCUCCCUAGGUGGGUGAACUGAGUGAUUGAUUGACUGUUGGCUCCCUAGGUGGGUGAGAUUGAUGAUUGAUUGAUUGACUGUUGGCUCCCUAGGUGGGUGAGAUGAUUGAUUGAUUGACUGUUGGCUCCCUAGGUGGGUGAGAUUGAUUGAUUGAUUGACUGUUGGCUCCCUAGGUGGGUGGGUGAGAUUGAUUGAUUGAUUGAUUGAUUGAUUGAUUGACUGUUGGCUCCCUAGGUGGGUGAGACAAUAGGCAUCUCAGAGGAGAUCAUGGGCCUGACCAUCCUGGCAGCUGGAACCUCCAUCCCUGACCUCAUCACUAGUGUCAUCGUGGCUCGUAAAGGACUGGGAGACAUGGCUGUGUCCAGCUCAGUGGGAUCCAACAUCUUCGAUAUCACUAUGGGGUUAGUAUAGACCACUAUAACUACAGAGAUAUCAGUAUAGACCACUAUAACUACAGAGAUAUCCCCUAUGGGGUUAGUAUAGACCACUAUAACAACAGAGAUGUCACUAUGGGGUUAGUAUAGACCACUAUAAACUACAGAGAUAUCACUAUGGGGUUAGUAUAGACACAUAACGACAGAGAUAUAACUACAGGAUAUCACUAAUGGGGUUAGUAUAGGACCACUAUAACUACAGAGAUAUCACUAUGGGGGUUAGUAUAGACCACUAUAACUACAGAGAUAUCACUAUGGGGUUAGUAUAGACCACUAUAACUACAGAUAUAUCACUAUGGGGUUAGUAUAGACCACUAUAACUACAGAGAUAUCACUAUGGGGUUAGUAUAGACCACUAUAACUACAGAGAUAUCACUAUGGGGUUAGUAUAGACCACUAUAACUACAGAGAUAUCACUAUGGGGUUAGUAUAGACCACUAUAACUACAGAGAUAUCACUAUGGGGUUAGUAUAGACCACUAAUAACUACAGAGAUAUCACUAUGGGGUUAGUAUAGGACCACUAUAACUACAGAGAUAUCACUAUGGGGUUAGUAUAGACCACUAUAACUACAGAGAUAUCACUAUGGGUUAGUAUAGACCACUAUAACUACAGAGAUAUCACUAUGGGGUUAGUAUAGACCACUAUAACUACAGAGAUAUCACUAUGGGUUAGUAUAGACCACUAUAACUACAGAGAUAUCACUAUGGGGUUAGUAUAGACCACUAUAACUACAGAGAUAUCACUAUGGGGUUAGUAUAGACCACUAUAACUACAGAGAUAUCACUAUGGGGUUAGUAUAGACCACUAUAACUACAGAGAUAUCACUAUGGGGUUAGUAUAGACCACUAUAACUACAGAGAUAUCACUAUGGGGUUAGUAUAGACCACUAUAACUACAGAGAUAUCACUAUGGGGUUAGUAUAGACCACUAUAACUACAGAGAUAUCACUAUGGGGUUAGUAUAGACCACUAAACUACAGAGAUAUCACUAUGGGGUUAGUAUAGACCACUAUAACUACAGAUAUAUCACUAUGGGGUUAGUAUAGACCACUAUAACUACAGAGAUAUCACUAUGGGGUUAGUAUAGACCACUAUAACUACAGAGAUAUCACUAUGGGGUUAGUAUAGACCACUAUAACUACAGAGAUAUCACUAUGGGGUUAGUAUAGACCACUAUAACUACAGAGAUAUCACUAUGGGGUUAGUAUAGACCACUAUAACUACAGAGAUAUCACUAUGGGGUUAGUAUAGACCACUAUAACUACAGAGAUAUCACUAUGGGGUUAGUAUAGACCACUAUAACUACAGAGAUAUCACUAUGGGGUUAGUAUAGACCACUAUAACUACAGAGAUAUCACUAUGGGGUUAGUAUAGACCACUAUAACUACAGAGAUAUCACUAUGGGGUUAGUAUAGACCACUAUAACUACAGAAUAUCACUAUGGGGUUAGUAUAGACCACUAUAACUACAGCUCAUAGAGAUAUCACUAUGGGGUUAGUGUAGACCACUAUAACUACAGAGAUAUCACUAUGGGUUAUAUAGACCACUAUAACUACAGAGAUAUCACUAUGGGGUUAGUAUAGACACAUAUAACUCAGAGAAUCCUAUGGGGUUAGUAUAGACACUGUAACUCAAAUUUACAGAUAUGCACUAUGCACAGUAGAACCUUGGUGUACCGUACUGAGAAACGUAUCAAGAAUCUUGGGUUGUAAACUAUCUCAGAGUAAUUGUAGAUAGCUUCUCGUUCAUCCACUUGGGUUAAACACCACAUACUUCAGAGAUAUCAUCAUGUUAUAUGCUAAAACAGUCCAUGGUUAGUUAUGCUCACUAAACUCAGCAGUUCACAUGGUUACUAUGAGUUCCUAUAGUAUAGACACUGUAACUACCGAGAGUCUGGGUUUAGAUAAACACUACUUGUGUUAGUAUGACCACGCCAUAGAGUAUCACUAUGCCUAUAACUGUGUAACCGGUCUGUAGUAACGAUCAAGGUCUUGUUACUAUUCUCAAAAGUCUCUCUCCCUCUCUCCUUCUCUCUGUCUCCACCUCUACGCUCUCUCUGCCUCUCACUCUCCUCUCUCCCUCUCUGUCUCCACCCCUCCGCUCUCUCGCCUCACUCUCCCUCUCUGCAUCCCUCUUUCUCCCCCACCACUCCCCCCCCCCUCAGCCUGCCUGUCCCAUGGUUGAUCUUCUCGGCGAUGCAAGGCGGGGUGCCGGUGGCGGUGAACUCCAACGGUCUGUUCUGUGCCAUCGUACUCCUCUUCAUCAUGCUUCUCUUCGUCAUCAUCAGCAUCGCGGCGUGUCGCUGGAAGAUGAGCCGUGUUCUGGGCCUCACCAUGUUCAUGCUUUACUUUGUGUUCCUGGUGCUCAGUGUGAUGCUGGAGGACCGUGUUAUUAUCUGCCCUGUCUCCAUCUGAGGUCAGAGGUCAGACACCAUUAUGUUAGUUUCAGGAACGUCUUUUUUUUUUACUAAGAUGAAACCGGAUGUGUUGUACUGCACAGAGCAUUAUGGGUACUGUAGUACAUCAUGCUACAGUGAGGAGGGAGGAAAAAAAGAGGUGUGUCAGGAAGU